AUGCGAGGAGAGGAGGAGGAUAGAUGUGUUAGAGUAGGCAAGGGAGAAAGAGAGAGGGAGGAGAAAAAAAAAAACAGGAGUAGGAACGGGCGGUGAAGGAACAAAGGUGUAGCGUAAUUUUAAAACAAUCAAACGAAGGCGUUAAUGCUUUAGUGUGGAGCGGAUUGUGAGCAGAGCGAGUGGGGAAUCAUCUGUUUGUGACGCGCAAGGCUCCCCCCAUACGCCUUUGGGCAUGUCGCCGAUAAAGGAUGAUAGGUUUCAUCAUAUAGCGUGAAUUAAUUGCAAAGUAUUCUUAAAAACCACAGUGAAGGAAGAACAGGAGACAAACUAUGAUCCGAGGAUGAUUUCUGCUAAGAAAACUCCGGAGAAGAGUCGUUAUCCUAUCCACUAUUUGGUGUGGCACAACAAACACCGACAGCUGGAGAAGGAGCUGGGAACAAACGAGCAGACUGGUUUAGAGUCCCUUGACCCUCGUGGGCGGACCCCCCUCCACCUGGCUGUCACGCUGGGCCACCUGGACUGUGCCAGGGUACUGCUGCAGCACGGAGCUGACGUUAGCAAGGAGAACCGCAACGGAUGGACCGUUCUUCAGGAGGCGGUGAGUACCCGAGAUCCGGAGUUGGUGCGUCUCGUGCUUCGUUACCGUGACUACCAAAGGACUGCCAAGAGACUGGCGGGCAUCCCCGUCCUGCUGGAGCGUCUGCGCCAAGCUCAGGACUUCUACGUGGAGAUGAAAUGGGAGUUCACCAGCUGGGUGCCCCUGGUGUCUCGUAUCUGCCCCAGCGACACCUACAGGGUUUGGAAGAGUGGUCAGUGUCUCCGUGUUGACACCACGCUGAUGGGCUUCGAGCAGAUGACCUGGCAGAGAGGAAACCGAAGCUUCAUUUUCAGAGGACAAGACUCCAGUGCAGAGGUGAUGGAGGUCGACCAUGACAGGCAGCUGGUGUUCUGUGAGACCCUGUGCGUCUCCUCUCUCACCGCUCUCCCACCUGGUCGGGGGAAUGGUGGCGCCUGCUGCAGCACCGGCGCCGGUUUGGGCCUUCUCGGGGCGAUGCAGCCCACCGAUGAGCAGGUAGCAGCCAGGCUGACCGCCCCCGUGGUGACCACUCAGCUGGAUACUCGCAACAUUGCCUUUGAGAGGAAUAAGACGGGUAUUCUGGGCUGGAGGAGCGAGAAGACUGAGAUGGUGAAUGGAUACGAAGCCAAGGUGUACGCAGCGUCCAAUGUGGAGCUUAUCACCAGGACCAGAACAGACCAUCUGUCAGACCAGAACAAGAACAAAACUAAAGGUGGAAGGACUCCCCUGCAGAACUUCCUUGGCAUUGCAGAGCAGCACAUGGGGCCCAACAACGGAGCUCUGGUGACCCAGAUGUCUUGUCCCGUGGUGACCAACCCCGCAGCGCUGACAGCCGAGGAGUACUUCAACCCCGGCUCGUCGCAGACUCAGCGGGACAUCGGCCACCCGUGCCAACUCACCACCAAGACCCAGAGGUUUAAAGCCAAGUUGUGGCUGUGUGAGUCCCAUCCCCUGUCCCUGGCAGAACAAGUGGUGCCUAUCAUCGAUCUCAUGGCGAUCUCCAACGCCCUGUUCGCUAAACUGCGUGACUUCAUCACUCUGCGCUUACCGCCUGGCUUCCCCAUCAAGAUCGAGAUCCCGCUUUACCACAUCCUGAACGCCAGGAUCACCUUUAGCAACCUGAACGGCUGCGAGGAGGGGACGGGGGUCCGAGCUGAUGCAGAGGUGGGGGUGGAAGGGGACGGACAGAGGGACGCCCCGAGGACAGACACCCCCUCCCCAGGCAGUGACUCAUCCAGUGUCUCCAGCUCCAGCUCCACCAUGUCGUGUCGAGCUGGAGAAAUUCCCUCGUGUGUGUUUGAGCCCCCGCCUGGAUACACCAUGCUAGGAGGUAAACAGAGAGACAGCAUGAGGGAGGAGGAGGAGGACCUGCUGCAGUUCGCCAUCCAGCAGAGUCUGCUGGAGGCCGGCUCCGAGUACGAUCAGGUGACCAUCUGGGAGGCACUGACCAACAGCAAACCAGGAACGCACCCGCUGUCAUGUGACCCAAGUCGUCUGGAUAGGACCCCCCAGCACAAGCCCCGCAACCCCUCCAGCCUCUGCUCCACCCCCUCCAAGAAGCAGCCAAACACUUGCAGCUAUGAUGAGCAGUUGCGCAUUGCCAUGGAGAUCUCAGCGCGGGAGCAAGAAGAGGCGGAGCGGCGGCGGCGGCAGGAAGAGGAGGAGCUACAGCGAAUCAUCCGGCUGUCACUCAUGGAGAAAUGAGAGCAGCUGAGUGGCCCAGCUGGGGUCUGAGGGGAGGGGUCCGGAUGAGGGCCUGAUGGGAGAAAAGGGUCGCGAAGGCCACUUUAAAAGCACACUUUCCUAAGUGGCUGGAAAUAAAUAAAUACCAAAUGGUUUCGUACGAUCAAACGGCCUCCUUUUUCUCCCCCCUCACCUCGCCCAGACCCUUCCCAUGAAGCCAUAGGGUGAUGCGAGGGGGUCCCUUUCCAGUUUCUGGUGCCACAUGGUACUUCUUGACCAGUGCCAGUUUACAACCAACAAUAUGUAAUACAACAAGUUUAGUGGAAUGCCUCUUUGACUGACAGCUGUCAUGUGAGUGUUGCUGGGAUGAUGUGUGACGUCUGUGUGUUUACAGGCGUCUGAUUGUGAGUUUCUGUGUGUGUAUGUGUGUGUUUGCGUGUGUGUAUGUGUGUUUCAAAACCAGCUCUCCACACAGGGGUCAAACUGAUCCCCCCGGUGUCCUGAAACCAUGGUGUGUUCUAGGCUCCACACGCACACUGACUCUUUUUACCACUGAGUUGUGGUUUUCAGUUUUUACUGUGAAUAAAAACAGUUCAUGUAAGAGGAGCAGUGACGAAGCCAGGACCCACACUGGGGAAAAAUACUGAACCUUUUCUUCAUUAGAGGUCGGUCAAGUUGAGUUGAAUGUUGACAAACCAUCAGACUUCCUCAAUUUUUAAUGAAAACUU